UACCACGAUACAGGCGACUCUUUAAUCUCUUCUCAUAUACAGUAUUCCUGUAUAACAUUGUUACUGGACUGUUUACUGCCAUCAUGAGGCCAAUGUUUUCUAUAUUAUUCAUGAUACUUAUACUCCCAAGAAUGGACCUGAUACUCUAUGUUAAAGGAUUUGAGAGAUUCGAUUCAAUUCACUCCAUCUUUAAGAAUUUCAUGACAGUGGAGGCCUUGCUGCACAAUCCAAUAGUUCACACUUUUGUGAAUAUGUUGAGUGAUGAUGUCCCUAACUUGCACAGCAAAGGAACUAAUUCUGAGCUUGGUCAUCAUAAAACCUCAUCUCCUCACAGGGUUUCUCGUAAAGCAUACAAUCGUUGGUUUGUUGCAUACACACUGAUCAAGAACCCUUCACUGAGGAAGAACUAUGUCUCUGAGGUUAAUGUCUACGAAGAAUUUGAGAUUACAAAGGAACGAUUACAAUGGAAGAAUUUGAUUAGCAUAGAUUUCUAG